UAUCCCACGGCUGAACUGGAGAUCAUGAAAGCUUCGAUUACACUGCUGUUUUUUUUUAGUCUCUUUGGAGUCUCUUUGGGCGCAUUUAGACUUCACUUCUUCGUCAAUAAGACUUUGUCUUGGCAAGAUGCGCAAAAAUAUUGCAGACAGAACUACGACGACUUGUCCACCGUCGGAAGUAAAGAUUUGGAGGCCUUAUCGAGCAAUCCUCUGAUUAAAGAGGAUUAUUUUUGGAUCGGACUGCAGAAUAACCGUAACCAGUGGAUCUGGUCCACAGGCGAGGAGGCAAGGGUGACAUUUUGGGAUAAAGGAGAACCAACAAUUCUACUAGGAGGCAACUGUGGGGGUGUCAAUAAAAACACAUUUAAAGCAUCUAACAUAGGCUGUAAUGACCAGCUGCACUUUUAUUGCAUGUUUGUGUUUGAGUUGAUCGUCAUUCAUCAAGAAAGCACAUGGGAAGAAGCUCUGCUUUACUGCCCUCAACACUACCUCGGUCUGGCCAUAAUAGACUCAAAGGACAUGAUGGUAGAAGCCAAGAUAAACAGCACAGAAGCUGAUACAGAUGACUUGUGGAUCGGCCUGCGCUUUCUAGCUGGGAGCUGGUUUUGGGUGAAUGGAAAAGGUGUUGAUUAUAAAGCCUGGUCUUCAAAUGGAGAGCUUCAGUGUCCUGCUAUGAAUCAGAGAUGUGGAGUUUAUAACCGAGCAAAGGAGGUUUGGACACCCACUGACUGUGUGCGGAGACUCAACUUUCUGUGUGUCAAGAGGAAAUAUAUUAAUUGAUUGCAUUUAUCUUGAACAGUAGUAACACUAUACUGGGAGUUUUGUCCAAUGUCUG